AAAAGGUCAAAUAGUCAGAGCGGACGGGAUUACGAUGAAAAUGAGGUAGGCCCCACAUUUGAAGGGUCAGACUGUGCGGUGGCUUUAUUAUAUUAUUAUAUGUAUAUAAAAGGGCUCUAAAUAAAUCUAUUGUUGGAAUAUCUCAAUUUUAAAAACGCUGUCUUUCCUAAUUUUCCUUUAUUGAUUUAAUUUUUUCUUCUCUGCUUAUAAUUUCUUGUUUGGAAAAACAAAGCAAAGAAAAACCGGUAAAGAGAGUAGAGUUUUUCUGAGGAUCAGAGAACCAGUAGAAGAAGAAAACAGCAAUGGCGGAUCAACUCACUGACGAUCAGAUCUCCGAGUUUAAGGAAGCUUUUAGCCUAUUUGACAAGGAUGGCGAUGGCUGCAUUACUACCAAGGAGCUGGGUACUGUGAUGAGGUCAUUGGGCCAGAACCCAACUGAGGCAGAGCUUCAGGACAUGAUCAAUGAGGUUGAUGCUGAUGGAAAUGGAACCAUCGACUUCCCCGAGUUCUUAAAUCUGAUGGCAAGGAAGAUGAAGGAUACCGACUCUGAGGAGGAACUGAAGGAGGCCUUCCGAGUUUUUGACAAAGACCAGAAUGGAUUCAUAUCUGCUGCUGAGCUGCGCCAUGUCAUGACAAACCUUGGAGAGAAACUCACUGAUGAAGAGGUCGACGAGAUGAUUCGUGAGGCUGAUGUUGAUGGUGAUGGUCAGAUAAACUAUGAGGAGUUUGUCAAAGUUAUGAUGGCCAAGUGAUGAACCAUUACUGCCAAAUGAACUUCACCCUCGCAAAAAAGAGAGUAUAAAAGGAGGAAAAAAAAUUUAAGAACUGGGUUGAUAUUCAAUGGUUUCCUGUUUUUCCAUAUCUCUACUUUUUAUCUUAUGGUUUUUGUAAUCAAGCUUUCUAUAGAUAGUAGUCAGUUCUGGUGGUAUGGUCUAUGGUGGAAUUGAUGGUGUUAUUAAGUCUUUUAAGUCAAUGUGACAGAAUGUAUCUUUGGUGAUCUAAUUUAUUUCUUCUAUUCCUUA